AUGAAUUACACAAAAUUAACAUCAUUAUCAUUAACUCAAUCGGAAAAUCUUAUUGAUAUAAUUGAAUAUUUAUAUGAUUCUAAUAUUAUUCAUCGAGAUAUACGUCCAAAUAAUUUAAUGUCGGAUAAAUCUGGUCAAUAUAUAAAAUUAAUUGAUUUUGGAUUUGCUUUUACAUUGGAUAUUAAUGAUAAAUCAAAAGAAUUACCAAUAGCAGGUACAAUAAUAUAUGCUGGUUAUGAAUUUUUAAAUUUUUGUUCAAAAAUCGAACAUAAUACAUUUUGGUCUCCAUCUUAUCGUUAUGAUAAAACAUUUGAUUUAAAAUGUGUAUUAAAUAUUAUUAUCUAUAUGAUUAAUGAGAAUGUUCAAGCUAAAUUAAAUUCAAUUGAAGAAUUAUUAUCUACUAAAGAAAAGAUACCAAGAUUAUUAGAAUUAUGGGAAAAUGUUAAAAAUAAAAAUACAAAAUAUUCAAAGUUAUUAAAUACAAUAAAUAAAUUAACUAAAUCAUCAGAUUUUCAGACAUUAAAAGAUCAAUUAAAAGAACUUUAUAACAAAAAAAUUCAAUAA